UGCAAGUGUCAAAGCAAACGUUCUCACACAAAACUUAACUCAGCAAACAAACCGAAUGCACACCUUUUCAACAAAAACAAACGUUUUCUCAGAAAGUUCGAGAUAAAAUUGGUUCUGGCUGAUUGUAUCCCAAUAAAAUCAAAAGCAAACAUUAUUCCGCAGAAAUGGAUAUUGGGGAAUUGCUUUCAUAUAAACCGGAGCAAACACCGAAACGACCGAAUGAAGACCAACAUUCGGAUGAUGAUGACGAUGAUGCGCCCGAAAAGAAUUCGAAUGGUCAAUCGCGCAAAAAACAAAGAACAUUCGAAGGCAGAUCGUCAUCUUUGGCGAAUAGUCGUGCUCAAGUCCAUAGUGAGCCGGAGCUCACCGAAGAAGAGCGUCUGAAUAUUUUGCGGUAUGUGGAAGAAGAAGAGGCAGCGGAUUACGAAACUCUCGACGAGAAUGGUUUACGGAAAAUGGUUUUACUGUUUGAGAAACGAAAUCUUCGAAACCAAGAAAUGCGAAUAAAAUUUCCGGAUAACCCGGAGAAAUUUAUGGAAAGUGAAAUUGAAUUGCAUGCCGUGAUUAAUGAUCUCAAAGUCGUCGCUACGGUACCCGAUCUCUAUCCACUGUUAGUUGAUCCAUUAAACGCCAUUCCCAGCUUACUCGAGUUGCUCGCCCAUCAAAAUACAGACAUAAGCGUUGCAGUAAUUGAUUUACUUCAAGAACUGACAGAUGUUGACAUUUUACAUGAAAGUUUGGAAGGAGCCGAAGUGUUGAUCAAUUGUUUACGUAAACAACAGAUAUGCGCACUUUUAGUGCAAAUUUUGGAUCGACUUGAUGAACAUGUCCGUGAAGAAUCCGACGGGGUUCAUAAUUCAUUGGCAAUAUUCGAAAAUUUGUCCGAAAUUCAUCCAUCGAUUUGUAAGGAGGCCGCCAGUCAAGGUUUACUGCAGUGGCUGGUAAAGCGGUUGAAGCAGAAGGGCCAGUUCAAUCCAAAUAAAUUGUACUGCAGCGAAAUCUUGUCGAUUUUAGUUCAAGAUGACGAUGAGAUUCGCUUACAACUGGGAGCACUAGAUGGAAUCGAUGUGCUUUUGCAGCAGUUGGCCGCCUACAAGAGACACGAUCCAACUUCAACCGAAGAGCAAGAGUACAUGGAAAAUCUAUUCAAUUGUUUAUGUUCAAGUUUAAUGGCCAAAGAAAACCGUGAUCGAUUUUUAAAAGGUGAAGGACUUCAGCUCAUGAAUUUAAUGUUGCGAGAGAAGAAAUUAUCACGAAAUGGUUCACUCAAAGUGCUCGAUCAUGCAAUGUCUGGCCCAGAUGGCAAAGAAAAUUGCAAUAAAUUUGUUGAUAUUUUGGGACUGCGCACCAUUUUCCCACUAUUCAUGAACACACCUAAGAAAAGUAAGAAGCGAGUUAUCAGCCGUGAAUCGCACGAGGAACAUGUUCUAUCUAUCAUUGCUAGUAUGCUUCGAAAUUGUAAAGGAUCACAGCGUCAACGUUUGUUGUCGAAAUUCACGGAGAAUGAAUUCGAAAAAGUUGAACGUCUGCUUGAAUUGCACUUGAAGUAUUUGGACAAGGUCGAUGCUAUUGAUGCUGAAAUCGAUGAAGAUAACGAAGAAGAUGAAAUCUAUUUGAAGCGUCUGUCAGGAGGUUUGUUCACACUACAAUUGAUUGAUUAUAUAAUACUGGAGAUUUCCGCAACAUCUGAAUCCAUCAAACAACACGUGGUUAAAAUUUUAAACCUAAGAAAAGCAUCCAUGAAGCGCAUUCGUCAUAUUAUGCGAGAAUAUGCCGGAAAUCUGGGUGACACGGAAGACAACGAAUGGCGCGACCAAGAGCAACAACACAUCAUUCAACUCGUUGAUCGUUUCUAAAAUGAGUGAACUUAAACUGUGUCACCCAGUUAAAAUCAUUCAUCCAUUGUAACACUAUAAAUAAAUAAAGAUCAGAAAAAUCCAACCAAAAGGUUCGAAUUCAUUACGAUAAA